AUGUCAUGUUGCCUCGAUAUGUUGCCUCGGUAUUAUGGGUUUGGUGUCGGGGUGGGGGGCUGCCACCCGUGGCGGUGGUGGCCGGAAUCCGGCCGCCACCACGCCGCCGCCAUGGGUGAGAGCACGGAGUUGCUAGGAACUCCUUCUCAAAUGCACCGGCAUGUCGACAACAACCUCAUUUCGCAACUAACAACCACCCGUGUGGGGUGGCGGUGGGUGGAUAGUCGCGGAUUGGAGUUGCCUAGCCAAAUUUUUCAAACAAAUUUCAUCAAAACAAAUUUUUCAAACGAAUUUCAUCAAAAUGAAAACAAAUGUUUUGUUGCCUUCGGAGUAGUGGGCGAGCGGCGAGUCGGAGCGGAGCGUGUAAAGUUUAACCUCGGUGUGCACGGUUGUUUUUAG